AUGGGGGUGAAUGUUGAAGAUGGAGUUAAUGUUGAAGAACAAGUGAAUGUGGAAGAUUCAAGUAGUGGUCCUUUGGAGCCAUUCAUUGGCAUGAUAUUUGACGAUGUGGAAGACGCCCAAGCGUUUUACAAGGCAUAUGCAAGACGGAAAGGUUUUGCAAUUCGAACAAAUCAUACUCGACUGUUGAAAGAUGAUAAAAAACUUUGUGCAGUAGAUUAUGUUUGCACAAGAGAAGGAUUUCGACAGGUAAGUCGGAAAGAAAAAGAACGAACAGUUCCUGAACUUGCUGAGACAAGGAUUGGAUGUAAAGCAAUUAUGGGAAUAAAAAAAGAUGGUGAAAAGUGGAUAGUCAACAAAUUUGUGGUUGGAAAAAACCACAUUCUACUUACACCGAGGAGUACUAGUUUGCUCCGUGAAAAUAGGAAAGUUACAAAAGUAAAAAAAAAACUGAUUAUGACUUUGAAUGACUCUGGUGUAUCAACAAGAAAGAUUAUGUCAGUAUUGAGUAAAGAAUCAGGUGGCGACUUCAAUGUUGGCUGUAUUGGCAAGGAUGUUGAAAAUUACUUGGGAAACAAAAGGAGAAAAGUAUUUGAAGAGGGGAAUGCACAAAGGUUAUAUUCUUACUUUCUUGAGCGACAACUCACAGAACCUGGGUUUGUGUACUCCAUGCAAGUUGAUAAGGAUGGAUUUAAUGAAACAGCAGAAUCACAUACACGGUUAUUGAGAACAUGGCUAGAGGCAAUGCUUGGUAAAACCCCUUCAACUAUAAUUACCGAUGAUGACAAGGCUAUGGCAAAGGCCAUUGCAGAG